AUGAUUCGUCCCUAUUUAUAUUACGCAUUCAAAAUUAAGGAUGGAUUAUUUAUUGGCAAUAAACGAGCUGCAAAUGUAUUCAACUUUAUACAUAUAUAGGACAUCUAAUUUCAAUUUUAUAAUAAAAUUGCAGUGAUAAUUAAUUGUGCUGCAUUAGAAAUAAAUAUUAGUAAUCCGAAAGUGAAGAUUAUAAAUUUUGAAUGGUUAGAUACUGAGGAAUAGGUUAUAUUUAAUUUUAAGUAAUAUUUAGUAAAUAGUAGUUAAUAAUAAUGUCGAUAUAGUUUAUAAUGCAAUUGAGGAAACUAAUGAAAAUGGAGAAUCAGUCUUAAUUUGUUGCUUAACUGGGUAGAGUAGAUCUGUUGCUAUUGUAGCUGCUUAUUUUAUGAAAAAGUAAGAGAUCAAAUCAAAUUCUUAGAUUUAACUGGAAUUUAAAAACUUCAUUAUAAUAUUUAUAAAUCUGUAGAAAGGAUUUCGAAAUUCGUGAAGGGUUUCUUUUCUAAUUAAGUCGUUAUGAAAGAGAGCUAUUAAUGAAAUUAAAAACGGAUUUAACAGAAUAAAAUCAAUACGUUUAGGAAUAAGAAACUCUCUUAAAGAACACUUAUUAUAAUGCUAAAUUAUCUGAGUUUUGGUAGAACUAUAAUAUGUCAGAAAAGACAAGUGGUUUUUCAAAAGGUAAAAACAAGAAACAUUUAAAAAGAGUUUCUUGGGCUUAAAAGUUGAUAACAUUUAUUAAUACGACUUUAGAUUCUGUCAAAUUAAAUCUGUUUCUAAAUUAAAAAAAUGAUUACGCUGAUGCGAUCACACAAAAAUAAUCUUCAUUUAAAAUAUAUAGAGGAAAUACAGAAAAAAAAUCAAGUCGAUAUAUGAUGACUUUAAGAAAUAAAACACCUGAUCCUAUUACAUAUAAGUCUAUCUCGAUUGAAAGCAAAUAUAGAUGUACUUCGGUAGUCAAGUAAAUUGAAUCUGAUGCAAAGCAAUUUUAAUACAACCGAAAAAGCCUUACAAAAGGAGAGAAGUAAAUAAGGAUUUUGAAAGGUAUGAUGCAAUUUAGAAUGAAAUGACAAAUAAAAUUAUUAUGAAUUAUUUUUUGUUAUUAAUUGUAGUGACAUAUUAAUAAAAGUGUCAAUGGGUGGAUGAAGAUAAUCGCAAAUAUGACUAUGCUAAUUUAGAUCAUCCUUCAGCAUGGCAUGUUGUUGAUACCCAAAAUGGUAUUCAUAUAAAAUUACAAUUAGGAAUGGGAAUGUUUAAUAUGGUUUACAUCUUCAAUUUCUGUAAUAUAAAUCUAAGUUGUCAUGGAAUACCAGUUGCAGUGUAUGAAGGUUUAGAAGUAAUGGGAACUAUCACAGACAAUUGUGAUAUUGUAGGGUUGAAGUCAACCACUUCAAUUUCUCAUAUAUAAGAUAAGCCUAAAGAUUAUGGAAUUUCCAUCUCUUUCAAUGAUAAUUCUUAAUGUGUAGAAACUGCUAAUCAAAAUAGAGCCGUUUAAACAGAUAAACCAAGGACAGCCAUUUUUAAUAUUGUUUGUAGUGAAAAGGCAGAAAAUUAGUUUAGAAUUGUUUAAGGAUAUGGAUGCACAGUGACUUUAGAAAUUAAUCAUCCAGUAGGAUGUCCCCUAAAUAGAAGUAUGUUUUUUUUGAUCAACCAAGGUGUUUUUAGUUACAUUUCAUUUGCACUUAAGUACUUUAUUAUUGCUACAAUACUAUUUCACAUUGUUGGUUUUAUAUAUAAUAAGAAAAUAAGGAAAAUUACAGGUAAAUAAGCUAUUCCAAAUAUCAAGUAACUUGAGGAAAUAAAAUAAUUAGUUAUAAAUUCUCUAUAAUAUAUUAAAAGAUUAGUUAGAAGGGGGAAUUAAAAUGGAUACUAAAUUGUGUGA